UACAAGAAGAAGGAAUACAGUAACAUUUUAGUUUUUUAUUCCCCAAAGAAGCUGAAACUCAGGAUGCACAGGUGUAUCGGUGGAGUUUGCGUGUCUCUUAUUUUUUGCGCGUUUCUCACGGAGACGCUCGGAAUGGUAAUUGCGGCAAAAGAAAAGAGAGGAUGGACACUCAACAGCGCUGGGUAUCUUCUAGGUCCACGUCGUAUUGAUCACCUUAUACAGAUUAAGGAUACUCCCAGUGCAAGGGGGCGAGAAGAUCUGCUUGGUCAAUAUGCCAUUGAUAACCACAGGAGCCUUAACGACAAGCACGGACUGGCAGGGAAGAGGGAAAUGCCCAUAGAGGAUGAUUUUAAGACAGGAGCUCUGAGAAUAUCAGAUGAAGAUGUUGUACAUACCAUCAUAGACUUUCUUUCUUAUCUUAAAUUAAAAGAAAUUGGAGCUCUUGACAGUCUGCCAUCCUCUCUUACAUCAGAGGAGAUCAGUCAACUGUAAUACGGACCAAAUUCAGCAUUUACACACUCUGAACACACUGAAUUCCCUCACUGAGGCUGUCUUAUGUUGUAUGUCUUCUCCAUUGCACUGUUCUUGACAAGCUAAACUGUCAAUAUCACAACGUAACUUUCUAUAAUCUAUAAGAAUAUCUUAAUGGCUGAUGUGGAGAUGGAUUAAAAAAAAUAAAGUUUAUAA